CUGAGAGGAAGAACACAUCACGCGAAUUGUAGCGCCAAAAUUUCAACAUAGAUACUGGAAUAGACAUAUCACAUAGACCAUCUAGUCUUGUAAAUUUUUUAAUCAUUUGGAUUUAUUUAGUUUUAAUUAUACUUUCAACAAUCAACAUUUAGAUCUAGAAUGUCUUCCCAAUUCAACCCGCAUGUACAUUUAAAAAAUACUUCUUCUGGCCAAAUUCAGAUUAUUUUUGGACCAAUGUUCUCUGGAAAAACGACAGAGUUGAUGAGGAGAAUGAAACGGUAUCAGAUAGCAAACUACCGUUGUCUUAUUAUCAAAUAUGCUAAAGAUAUCCGUUAUGAUCUUAAUGGAAUUGCAACUCAUGAUAGGCAAACAUUAGCGGCAAUUUCAGCUGAAAUAUUGUCAGAUCUUCAGUCUGAAGCCUUGAAACAUGAUGUAAUUGGCAUUGAUGAAGGACAAUUUUUUCCAGAUAUUGUUCAGUUUUGUGAUAAACUGGCCAAUCAAGGUAAAAUUGUGAUAGUUGCUGCACUGGAUGGGACAUUUCAAAAAAAGGGUUUCGGAGAUAUUCUAAAUUUAGUCCCACUGGCUGAACAUGUAUUGAAGCUAACUGCUGUCUGUAUGAACUGUUACAAUGAGGCUUCGUUUACAAAACGAAAAGGAUCAGAAACUGAGGUGGAGGUAAUUGGAGGUUCAGAGAAGUAUUUAGCAGUUUGCAGACAAUGUUUUACCUCUCCCAACAAAAAGAGGACACCACUGAAGCCAGUAAAUGUAAAUAAGGAAACUUUGUCUGCUACCACCAAGAAAUUGUUUACCAACGAUGAGACAAUGGAGGUAGAGAAUGCACCACUACUGUAACUCACUCUUGUUGUUGUUUCAAGAGUUCCGCUGCUCAAAGGGAAUUUGAAGACAUAGAAUGGAUAAAUCUGUGUGCAUGACUAAUAUUUGUUAUGGUUUUAUUAUUAAAGAAAACUUUUAACAAAAAUUUUAAUAUCAAGCUCAAGUGAGAGAAAAAAAGGCUUUGGCAUACCUGUAGUUUAGUUUUUAUUCAUAAACUGAGGCUCUGUCCGUAAUACCUUAUGUUAAGGCAGGUCAGAGUCAAAGCUUUCCUGUAUUACACCUGAUAUUGUUAACUUACUACUCAGUUAGUCAAUGUUUUUUUAGGCAAGUUAUUCAUUAUUAGUUUGUAUGCACAAUUUUAAUUUACUGUUUACACAUAUUUUCACCUCAUGCAUAGAAUUCUCUUUGAUUUUACAAUAAUUAAACCUUUUAGUCCCAGUGCUUGAUUUUAUUUAUAUAUAUUUAUUAAUAUUUUCUAAAUGUUUUGUGAAGUUUCAUCGUGCAAAAACAUCUCUUUUCAUAACCACAAUUUUUAAUGUAAAUAUUUCUUAUUUCUUUUAGUUUGUAUGUAAUUGUAAAUAUUACCUACCUUUGUUGUCAGCCUAGUUUCCUGUUUCACUUAUGUGUACUGAACACUGCCUUGUGAAAUCAUUGUUUUUGACUUUUUUUUCAAAGUUAUAGACAUGUUUGUGCCAUUUCAUUAUCUAUUAUUUUAUUUAUACCUGUAUGAGCUUUAUAAGUAAAUAUAUAUAUAAAAUUAUGUAUACC